CACAUUUAACUCUCUAUCGCCAAUAGUCUUGUCUCAACAACCAAAGACAAUGACACAUAAGUUGGAAGAAAAAGUUGAUGAAAAAUCUUUAAACAGUGGUGAAGUUCAAGAGGUUUCCGAUACACCAGCUGGAGCUGAUAUUGCCCUGGAAAUAGCAGCUAAGCAUCAGGGUGUUGAAAUAACUCCAAGUGAAGAGAAGAAACUGUUGAGAAAGAUUGAUAGACAUUUGAUGCCGUUUUUGGUUCUUUCAUAUUUUUUACAAUUUUUGGAUAAAAGUGCACUUUCUCAAAGUUCAGUAUUUGGUUUGGAUAAAGAUUUGAACCUACAUGGUCAACAAUACUCUUGGUGUGGAUCUAUCUUUUAUUUCUCUUAUUUGAUUGGACAACCAUUUGCUAGUUAUAUGUGCCAAAGGUUCUCAAUUUCAAAAUACGUUGGUGGCUCAUUAGUUUUAUGGUCAAUCAUUUUGAUAUGUACUGUUGCAACCAAGAACUUUGCAGGUUUAGCUAUUAUAAGAUUCUUUUUGGGUUUAUUUGAAGCAGCAGUUUCUCCUUCAUGGGUUUUGCUCACAGGGUCUUGGUACACAAAGAAGGAACAACCUGUCAGAGUCGCCUAUUGGUACUGUGGAAAUGCUUUGGGUGUUUUUCUUGGUAGUAUUAUAGCUUAUGGUUUAGGACAUAUUGUAUCUUCAAUCCCAUCUUGGAAAUGGUUUUACAUCAUUUAUGGAUUAUUGACGUUUUUUUGGGGUAUUGCCGUUUUUUUCUUUCUUCCUGAUUCAAUUCCAAAUGCCAAAUUUUUGAAUGAUAGAGAAAAAUAUAUUGCGGUGGAAAGAAUUAGAAGAAAUAAAACUGGAGUUAAAAAUGAAACUUUCAAGGUUGAUCAAGUUAAAGAAGCUUUAUUGGAUUUCCAAAUUAUAAUGCUAGCCAUAAUUGAGUUUGUUGGCUGUUUAUCAGCAUCAGGUAUAAGCGUUUUCGGUACUUUAAUUAUAAAAUCUUUUGGCUUUUCGUCAUUAAACACUGUCCUGCUUCAAUCUGUUUCUGGUAUUAUUCAGGGUAUAACUUUGUUGGUUGGGGGUUGGAUUGUGGCCACUGUUCCUGAUUCUGCUUUAUGGACACAGUCUGUGUUCAUGAUCCCAUGUUUAAUUGGAACAUGUAUUGUUAAAUACUUGCCCAACCAUCCAAACUCCAAACGUGCUGGAAGACUAGUUGCUUUUUGGAUUCAAUACUCAAACACAGUCUCAGAUAUUGGUAUCUUCACAUUGAUGACCCGUAGCUACUCCGGUUAUACAAAAAGAACUACUGCUAAUGCUAUUGUUUUCAUUGCGUAUUGUGUUGGUAUGAUUGCUGGGCCUCAAUUUUUUGUCUCUUCUCAAGCACCAAAACAUCCAGAUGAAACAGGUUAUGAUGAAGGUUUUAGAAUGAUGAUUGUAUGUUGGAUUUUGCUAAUGAUCUUACCAAUGAUCUUAAGAUUUUACUAUCAAUGGGUAAACAAGAAAAGGGAUGCCAGUGAUGCCAAAGACUUAGCAGAGGGAAAAGAGAUAUAUGUUGAGAAUGAAGAGUUUAUGGAUCUUACAGACAAACAACAACGAGGCUUUAGAUACUCUUUAUAAGAUCCGAUGACAAAGACUUAACGUAAUCGAGGGGG